ACUGGUCAGUGUAGUGGAUCCAAGCACACGGAGAGCAUCGGUGUCCCACAGUGUCCUCCUCUCCUUCUAACCACCACAACUUCAUCCAUUCUCGGCAGGAGUUCUUGGGAGUUCACAGCGACACUCAAUUAAUACUCUCUAUGCAUGUGUUUUUGUCUUUCAAGUGUGAGCGCUGAAGAAGAAACCAUACCAACAACACUAAAACCCUGCGAGUGAAGUUGUUGGAGUUUUUUAGUUUUGGAGUUUGCAAACCCAUCCUCCUUAGUGUGCCCCCAUGUGGACAGCUCCAUCACUCAUGGAUGAGACCGAGAUUGCUAUGAACGUCAAGACCAGCUUCUCUGUGAAGGACAUACUGGAUAUGCCACAAGCGGCUGCUGUGGUUGCCGCUGCAGCAGCCAGCGAGUCGGCUAAGGCACGGUCCUGCCGGCUAGGGAGCGGUGGGUCCCCCACGGUAGCAGCUCUGCAGGACGGGGCCACCGCUAUCACAUCACACGAGUCCAUCGGUAUAAACUCAUUCUAUGAUGCCAGUGACAACCCGUACACGCGUUGGUUGCAGAGCCAGGGAUCCGAUCCUAUCCCUUAUUCAUCUCUCGGCCAGACGGCGACUACCCCGAACUCGUCCUCGGCUAAAACCACUUCCAAUAGCGUGAACACAACCACGGCGUCGAAUACAACGUCAGCGAACACCGACAUCAGCAACGGGAACCUCAGUGGGAGCGGGAGCGACGAUGAGUCCCCCAACCAGGACUCCUCGUCAUCAGACCCGCCCAAGAAGAGGAAACGACGGGUGCUCUUCUCCAAAGCGCAAACCUACGAACUGGAGAGACGUUUCCGCCAGCAACGGUACCUCUCAGCCCCGGAGAGGGAGCACCUCGCCAGCAUCAUACGCCUCACCCCAACACAGGUCAAAAUCUGGUUCCAGAACCACCGCUACAAGUUGAAGCGAUCACGCCAAGAGAAAGGACUGGACAUGAACCCGUUGCCGUCACCACGGCGUGUUGCCGUGCCGGUGUUGGUUAGGGACGGUAAGCCCUGCGGGGCUGGCAUGAACGGUUCAGCGAGUGCGGCGAUGGCCGCAGCGCCGUGCAUGGGGCCAAAGUCACACCAUGAAAUGAUAGCAACGACCGCCGCCACAGCACCACCACUCCAACACAUGCAGGCAUAUCCGUCACAAUGUAGCUACGCCGCUGCACCCUACAGUAGUUACAGUACUUUCUCAGGCAUGUCGAACAAUAUGCAAUAUUCAGGCUCAAUGGCACAACCGUGGACUUGGUGAAAAGCCGAUUUACAUAAUCAUUCCCUCUGCCACUUCAAACUAAAAAAAAACUCAAGCCAACCCCAAACGUCUCUCCUAAUAGACAAGAAGGAGGUGCCUAUAUCUUUGGACAGUUAGCGUUAUUUUAUUAUUGGGGAUUGAAGCGGAUGUUUCAAUGGUCAUUAAGCAACCCCCUUGAUCCCAGACCAAUCCCGUCAGUCAGUUUGUUGCGUCAAGGACCUCUGUCUCCCCUCUCUUCUUUCAACGAUUGAGUAACCACGAGUUCUCUCACUUUUACCAGGCAAGCUCUACAACCCAGAGACGGGCAAGAGUGCACACACCUGCACACGCUGCUACCUAACCCCAUCGUGCUUAAUGAGACGGUAAAUUAUCUUUACUGCACAAGCGCUUCCAUGAAAAGAAACAAAACCCAACAACGCUCGUUCUCUCUCUCUCUCUCUCUUUCCAUUUUUACGAGAGAAUUAUUACAAGGACAUUGCUAACUACCAAGCCAUAUUCAAUUCAAACAAACUGAAUAAUUGAUGGAAUAUUGUAAGUUUAAGGACUCGAAUUGGCAAUUCAGGUGCUCAAAAGCUAAAUCAGUGAGUCUUUUGUGAUGUGUUGAAACAAACAAAGUGCAUUCAAUUUCAGUAGAAUGCUUUCAAGCGCAAUUAGCUUCCUCUAAAUCUAAAUCGAACCAAAGGCUCGAAUUGUUUGAACUCUCAAGAAACUUUGGUUGGAAAAUCUCGUUUGCUUUUUGUCAAAUAGCUAAAACUGAACCACUGCAGUAGUUGGUUGAUAGCUUGAUGAGUUCUAUCAAGACGUGUCUGUUUACGAUCUCUGACACACAUGGGAAAUGGAUUCUUCAGGAUGAAAUGACACCCAGUGUCCUUCUCAUCUUUAUCAUCCAACUCCUUCCCGUUUAACUGUUUCAGACGAAAGGCUACAGGUGUGACCUAUGAAUAGAAACUAAAAUGCGAUUUAGCCAUAGAGUGACAUUAAAAACAGCGGCUUGGUGGUCGUUUUAUUCUUCCUCUCAACAAAGGGAUGCCAAGAAGUUGGCUCGAGAGAAACCAUCCAAGUCAAUUCCCUCAUCUAUCAUACCAUCCCCCCCCCCUCUUUCCUUACUUUGAUGAACCCUUUUUAGAAAACGACCUACAAAGCCUUUACUCUAGUGCACCUUUGUCAAGUAACACCCUCUUUGGGUUUUAGUUUUCCCACCGACUUCAACAGUCUGUUGUAUGUAAGCCAUAAAAACGCUAGGCUGACUUUAUUCAUACGGUGCCAGCUUCCAAUCGACCGGGUUGACAGGAAACUGUUUGUCAAGCGUUUCAGUCACAAAGGACCGUCCAAACACGUCCCCUUAAGCCGACUCACCACCAAGUACCCAGCAAGCAAAAUAUUUGCUUCCCUCCUCCUCAGUCUUUCUUUGUUUUGCCCAAGCUGUUUGAUCACAUUAUGUUGUAUUCUAAGAUGCCAUGGAUGACACACACUUGACGCAAUUUGUAAUUACUUAAACUGAAAUAUACAUAUAAGAAAAAGAACAAGAAAUACCAGUAACUUUGAAGAACAAGUAACAUUUUCAAGACAUGUAGCGUGUAGAGUUAUCUUAGAGAUAAAUAUUAUUAUUUGUUGUCAAAUUAACGGCUACUUUUCAGCGGACAUUUGGUGAGGGAAACCAGACACUUCUUCCCGGUGUAGUUUCAGGUUGAUUUUUGAAGCAUAUCAGUUUGGUAUCGGUGAAUCACCACACACUUUGUGGACACAAAAUGUCGACUUUUGACCUCAUUGUAGUACACUGUAGUAUUUAAUCAACAUUGCCAUGGGCGUUGAAGCUGUUAUGAGUGUACUAAAUGCCCGAGUUUCAAAAGGAGUGGCACUGCAUAAUUAAUCAUAGGCAAAUAUUUAUUAUGAAACCAAGUAAAACACUGUGCUGCGAGAGAUGAAUUUUAGUUUGAAUUUGAAUUGAGCUUCGUGAACUCAGACGCAUUGGUGGAACAACCAUUGGUAUAAUAUCUCGCUUCUUUAUUCUCUCUCACAGUGUUAGACCAUGUAACCUUUAUUAACCAAAACGUGACCAUAUGCAUUCCAUGGUUCUUCUGGCAGGCAAGAUAUUUACACUUGUCAUAAGGGAAAGAUUACAUUUUGUUUUAUAAUUCCCACAAAAAAAGUCAAGAGUUUUACAAGUAACAGCUGAACAGGUUUGGAUAUGUGCCUCAUUUCUUCAAGGCAAAAGUUGAUACAAAAAAAAUCAGACAGUGCAACCUCCAUAAAGUAUCAGAUUUCAGUUGUACUUCAAUUCAGCUGUGUUCAGAUCUUGCCUGCUAGAAGUCCAGGCUUUGUGGCACCUUUUCAAACAUGUCACAGGUUACAUGGUCUAUAUAAUAUAGUUUCACAACAAAAUGUAUGCAUAAUAUUAAUUGGCUCCGUGUUCAUAUCAGGAUGAUUGUUGAAAAUGUUUGUAACUUGGCGCCUGAUCUGAUGUGCACCAGAGGGAGCAAGUUUGAAAAACGAAGUUAAGAGCAUGUGGCGCUGUGCUGUAAAAGUACACUUUAUUAGGGAUGAGGAAUUUGAAUGUGCACAUUUUGAUCAAUUGUAGCUGUUGUUUUUAUUUCAUUUUGUUGUGAAACUAGUUUAAAGACAUUGGACACUAUUGGUAAUUGUCUAAGACCA